CGGAAAUAGGACAACGAGGUUUUACAAAUUUGGAGAAAGGGGAAGCAUCGCCAGCCGUCAAGAAAUAGGAUGACGUACAUGCCGGGCCGACAAAGGCUCUCUCCGAAGGGACUCCGAAUUUAAGAAGCGGGAAGGAGGCGGGGAAUCGGUUCUGCUUGUGAUCCAUGAUCUCAGGAAGAAGCCACAAUCGGUAUCGGCCUUAACAAUAUGCCCGGCAUCCAUUGAGACGUAGAAGGUUCUAACUAAAACUGGAUUUGUUUCAUACGUCACACCUCUUAAUAGAAUUUCGAAAACAGCGCCUCGAUACAUUCCUAGCUCCAAUCUCUACACCUUCACACAACUUAACAUCCAUUUACCGACCGCGAAUCGGUACCGAAGUAACCGUCCCGACCUCCCCGAUCUCCGCAAAAUGAUUCGCAAGCUCUCCAAACAACCCACCCUCCCGCUGAACGACCCAACGACUCUCCCUCCCAUCCUCAGCGACGGCCUCCCGCUGCCGCGCGCCGUCGUCUUCGACCUCGACUACACGCUGUGGCCGUUCUGGGUCGACACGCACGUGUACCCGCCGCUGCGGGCGGCGAACCCGGAGCGCGCGGCCGCCGUCGACAAGGUCGGCGAGACCUUCGCCUUCUACGCCCAGGUGCCCGCCAUCCUGCACGGGCUCGCGCUCGCAGGCGUCAAGCUCGGGGUCGCGAGCCGGACGCACGCACCCGAUCUCGGACGGGAGAUGCUUAAGCUACUACAAAUACCGCCUGCUAGUUCGUUGUUGGAAGAGGCGAGUGUGGAUGCUGUGAUAAAAGCUGCGGCGGCGGGCGGGAGUGGGGGCAGUGGUGCGGGGAAGAGGGAGAAGGUUCGCAAGGCGAUUGAUUUCUUUGAUGCUGGGCUUGAGAUCUAUCCUAGUAGCAAGAUUCAGCAUUUUAAGGCGCUGGGGAAGAGGACUAGGAUACCGCAUUCUGAGAUGUUGUUUUUUGAUGAUGAGAGUCGGAAUCGGGAUACGGAGUCCCUUGGCUUGACGAUGUGGUUGGUGAGAGAUGGGGUUACAUGGGAUGAGGUCGUAGAGGGGAUCAAAGAGUGGAGAAGACGAAAGGAAGUUUGAGUUACGGUAUCUUUGCAAGACUGCUGAGUCCUACAGUUAUGUGGCGUUUUGAUGGCCCAUAGAACGUCGGUUACAGAGAAUACGGCAUAUACUAGAUUACGAGAACACACAUUAGGUAUGGUUACGAUAGAGCAUAGACAGUCUAGAGGGCGUUGGGAGUUCAGGUUAUUAUAUUCACUCCGUACUAAUGUCAGAAAG